AUGGCGAUCCAAACAUCAUCCAUGCUGGGAGCUCGUCUCCUCACCAAGCGAGCUGCCCUUUCCCCCGCAUCACGUCAGUGGCAGAGGAACUUCAGUGUGGCGCGUCCUCUUUCCAAGGAAAUCCAGGAAGCAUACAUUCUCAGCGCUUCCCGGACGCCAACAGCUAAGUUCAAUGGUUCGUUCGCCUCCGUCUCCGCUCCCGAGCUAGGUGCAGCGGCCAUCAAGUCCGCCGUGGGCAAGUCUGGGGUGCCUGUGGAGAAGAUCACGGAUGUCUACAUGGGUAAUGUACUGCAAGGCUCCGUGGGCCAGGCGCCCGCUCGUCAGGCCUCCAUCUUCGCCGGCCUUGCCCCUACUGUGGAGUCCAUGACCGUCAACAAGGUCUGCGCAUCCGGUCUCAAGGCUGUGGCGCUUGCUGCCCAGAACAUCCAGCUGGGUCUUGCCGAAGCUCAAGUUGCCGGAGGAAUGGAGAACAUGUCCCGCGUCCCCUACUACAUGGCCCGUUCCAGCCACCUGCCCCCCUUUGGAGACAUUAAGCUUGAGGAUGGUCUCAUCAAGGAUGGCCUGUGGGAUGUGUACAAUCAGUUUCACAUGGGAAUCUGUGCCGAGCAGACGGCGAAAAAGUACGAAAUCUCUCGUGAGGAUCAAGACCAUUCGCCGACGAGAUCGUCCCUGUCACCGUGA